AGAUAGAAACAGUAAAUUAUUAACAUAACUGAUAACUUGUUAAAGUUAAACAAAGCAAGUUUAAUAUCUAAUCAUGUGUCCUAAUUAAUCAGUUAUCGUAACUUGUAAUUAUGGAAAACUAAAAAAGUGUAUUGUUAUAAAAAAAGGUAGGAGAAAUUUCGAGAAAACAGUAUAACAACAAUACCACUGAAAUGGUCACCACAACUUUGACUAUUCAGGACAUUCUGCCAUAUGGUUCGACCAAAUCGAACCAUAAAAAAGUGGACUUGGACGCAAUUUUACCCUUUAUUAUCUUACCACUUCUGUUGAUAUUAUCAACUACAUCCAAAAUCGUAACCAUUAUAGUUAUGAUUUUUAUAGGAAUGGGCGCGCUGUACGUCCAAUCUCGACCGCGGCAAAAAAAUAGGUCUCCAUUCUUCUUCUCUUGGACAUUGUCAUCGGGAAUUUAUAUGUUUCUAAUUUUCGAACUUGGAAUACUAAGAUUACUUGAAAUCACCCAACUAGAAAAUUUUGUAUUCUUACUGCUUUUAGCAAGUACAUGUUACUUUUUUUACAAGAUGAAAGCCAUAGCUGACUUUGAACUUGCUACUGGAACUUCGAAGGGAAAAGAAUACAGCCCAGUAUUGACAGCAGACUCAUACUAUUGCCAAAUAUGUCAAAUAGAAGUUAACGAAAGGUUUUUCCAUUCAAUAUGGUGGGACUGUUGUGUUCUUAGGCCAAAUUAUUUUUACUUUUUAGCAGGUCAAGUGUUUGCAUUUGCGACUCUCUUAUAUGGAACUAAUCUGGGACUUACAACUGUGUGUCAACCAUUUAUACUUUACGGUUCAAUACUAAUGCCAGAAGAUUGUAACGAUGUAUAUUAUGAAUUUGACCUCGCAUUGUGUUUUGUGUCGUGCAUCUAUGGAUUGGGCUAUCUUUUAAUUACUGCUCUAGUAUUAAUAAGACAACUAUUAAUUUACAUUCCAAAAUAUAGUGAACCACAGUGGAGGAAAAUUAUAAAUGUGCUAACGGUGUAAUUGGAUAAUCCAAGAGACUGCAUAUCUAGCACAUUAAUAUUAUCAUUACAUAGUUAAUAUAUAUCGUAAUAUUUAUUCUUAGUUGAGUUAUAUAUAUGACAUAUCAAAAUAUUUCUAUUACCAAGAGAUCCUACUCUAAAUAUUUUAGAAUUCAGUGCAAAUACAUCUAAAGCGCUAUUAGUAUGAAAUUGACGCAAUCUUUUUAAGGGGUCAAUGUAAUGUAUGAUCUCAAAAAUAUGAUUAAUAUUAAUUGUGUGUCUAAAUCCUACAACAGGUAUUGAGAUUAGACGUUUCGAAAGAUAUUUUUUAACCUUCAAGAAGUUUAAACUUUUGUCAUAAAGCUAUAAAAAAAACGUUAAUAUAUUAUUUAAUCUAUUACAAAUUAGAAUAGCGGUACUCAACUUGCGACCUGCCGGGCUUUUGUGGUUGGCCCGCCUGGUAUUACUUUAUUUUCAACUAUUUUAAAUGUCAAAGGUUUUUUUAGGUACCCGUGGCCACGGACACUGCAGUGUUCGUAACGUCAUGAAAUGAUAAAAAAAAUGUUAAAAUGUUCGCGACAAAUCCGUCCAUAGUUGUUUAAUUCAAAUAAUUACUUAAUUAUUUUAUUGUUUGCGGCCCGCGACACCAUGACUUACACGUGUUUGCGGCCCCUAUAAAGUAAAUAUUGAGUAUCGCUGAAUUAGAAUCUCUAAGUGAUAAGCAAUCAUGAUGAAGUAAGUAAUAGUUAAGUACUUUUCCGAUGCAGGAUAUAAAAAAAAAAUAACUUAUAUGUAUAAAGUAUUUUAUAAUUUAAUAAUUUGUUACAAGUUUUUAAUAAAACGUUACUAAAAUUGUACAAAAGUAUUUUAAUCACUAGCUACCCUUACGACAUCAAAAGAAUAAAAUUAAGUUAAGGUUAUCUAUAUGAGUACAGGCAGUCCUCGAUUUAUGUCGUUUCAAGUUACGUCGAACAAUGUUUUGACACUAUUCCUCAAGCAUACGUCAUUUGUUUCGAUUUCCGGCAUAGGAGAAGUUUUAAAGUUAAUAACAAAAUUUGUGCAGCCUAUCAGUGUUACCAAGAUCUGUAUGAUAGCAAGAAGAAAGAAAAUCUAGAAUAGAUAGUUUCUUUAAGCCUAAAGUUUAAUUUAUUCUUUCUC